AUGAGCCUGCUCCAACCACGAGUUGAUCCCAUGUCGUCAGAUCACUUGUACUGGCGUCCAGUGUUCGCGGAGAUUAGAUUAUUACGCCCAUCGUCUGGCAGUCAGCCUGACCGUCAGCUUGCAACAUGCAUGUUAUACAACCCUGAGCACCUUGAGCUUAUCAACAUGGGCAUCACGGCGAGUCGAACCACCCUGGCUUGUCUCUCUUCCAGGGCUCCCCGGCAAACUGAUCCUCCGCGAGGGGGUUUACAUCACCGCUUGCCUCGGUCGGCCCGACCGCCAACGCCGUGUUGGCAAGUCGGCCCUAAAGCGUCGCAUAGUGACGGAGUGCCAUAG